UAGUCUACCAUUUUGGAAAGAGACCGGUGGAGGCGCGCCGCGUGCACUAACCAAACCGGGCCAGUGCAACUGAAUCUGUCUGUGAGGGACAAUUUCCCCCAGACCGAGCCGCGUGAGCAAAACGGUUCCUCGAUUAUUGUAUAGGCUCCAUUUCGACGAACGAACGGCUCGGAUCAUCUGAUUGCAGUGAUUUAGGAGGGAUUGUCAUCCGGAUGCUGUUCCGUAGCCUAGCCUACAGAGGGUAGCCUACCAGAGCCAGAGUGGGUUGUGAUGCAUCGGUGUGUUUGACGGCUUUUCACGUAGGCUAUAUGUAUCUUUGAAGAUAGUGCUGAGAAUGUAACUGCUCAUGGGACAGACAAACACAGAGUUGUUAUAGAUUGAGAGAACGGAACACCGUCAGCGCUGACACGGUGAGGGUAUUGAAUCGUGUCUCUCUCUUUUCUCUCAUCCUCCUCAUCCUUCUUCCGGCAUCACUGACGGAGGCUGCUGAUGCUGCCGUAGCUCGUGAAAAAAAUCUCUGUAGCAACUACCUGGACUGGGCUGUGCGUUAUCUAUAUCCCGCUAGAUGCUGUGAAUUAUCCCGCAGGAUUGUGAUUUGGGCUAUACAAGAAGGAAGGCAUCAUAGUCAUUGCGUUUCGUUUGCUCCGGUUUGACUCCGUCGCUGUCGUAAUCAUUGCUUAGCCAUAGGCUAUUGCGAAAACUGCUGUUCUAUUAGCUAUUGGAAGGCCUUAUUAUUUGAUAUUGAUUUGAAUCUUAAAAUGAGUAAAGUGUUAUGGGUAAUAUCCGAAUAACAAUCUGAUAUUUGCUGUGUUUUUCAAGGAGGUAUUCCGGAGACAUACAAGUGACAUGUGCCAGAAGCGAUGUCUGACAAACGGUUAGACGGCCAUACAUAGCCUAUGCGAAAGGUGGAAGGGAAUUAUUUCUCAUAUAGGCUAGUUCAGGAGUCGCCACAUUCUCAGAGUUAUCAUUUAGGCUAAAUAAAAGCGCAAUCUUGCAGAUUAGCUUUUGGCUAUUCAGUUUAUGCGCCAGCGUCGGGGUGCGACGUCAUGAGUUGAAUGUGCUUGCCAGAUGUUGCCUUUGAUGUGAUUCAUUCAGUUGCAUGGGUACAUAGGCUACUUUGGGUUGCAUUUAUUCAGCAAACAUAUCUACUGACUCCUCCAUUGCUCAACUAAUUAAUUAGUCAGUGCCCCCCUUUGCUCAUAGACCUACUUUAAUAGGCUUACCUACUUCAUAAGAAUACCGGGACUGGGAUACAACACAAACUGUGCUACAAUGAUACCCGGAUCCGCUGCGUCGAUGCUCCCAUCGAUGUCUUCGGAAGACAUUAAACUAUACCAGCAUAACUAUGUCCGGAACUCCAAUGCCAUCGGACUUCUGUGGGCCAUCUUCACCAUCCUGUUUGCCAUCUUGAACGUGGUGAUCUUCAGCCAGCCCUAUUGGAUCGGGGACGGCGUGGACACCCCACAGGCCGGCUAUUUCGGCCUCUUCCACUUCUGCACCGGCGAUGGGAUCCAGAGGGAGCUCGACUGCACAGGGACCUUCACCGAGUUCGCUCAGAUCCCUUCCACCGCGUUCAAGGCCGCGUCGUUCUUCGUCGGGAUGUCGAUGAUGCUGGUGAUAGCUUGCAUCGCUUCUUUCACUCUCUUCUUCCUGUUCUCCACCACCACCGUCUAUAAGAUCUGCGGCUGGAUGCAGGGGGCCUCGGGUGUGUGUCUGGUGAUGGGCUGUAUAAUCUACCCUGAUGGCUGGGACAGUGAUGAGGUGCGGAGGAUGUGCGGUGAGCAGACAGACAAGUACUCCCUGGGAGCAUGCUCCAUGCGUUGGGCUUACAUCCUGGCUAUCAUGGGGGUCCUGAAUGCCCUCAUGCUCUCCUUCCUGGCCUUCGUACUGGGCAACAGGCAGGACGGACUCAUGACCGAGGAACUGCUGGCCGAGAGCAAGGCUGGGAAUGCCUAAAACAUCCAUAGGUGUGUUUCCUAGUGUGUGUGUUCACCGUUCAUCACUCUCCAGCUUUUUACCCAUCACCCCCAGAAGAGGACAGCACACAAUGGCUGUGGGAGAGAGAAGAAAGAGAGAGAGGGGGGAGAAAGGAGGGAAGAGGAGGAGAAAUGGAUAGCUAUGGAACUAGACGCCUCCACUCCAUUCACACUUGCACGUUCACACUGUAAUAUUCCACCCCUCACCCUUUAGUUUAUAAUAUAUACUGUAUCUGCCAAUGAUAUGUACAUACGUGUGUCUUUGUUGUCCGUUUUGCUCAUAGUCCUAGCCCUAUUGAGCGUCUCUACCCCAAACUACUCCCUUAUCACUGAGCCCGUAGAACCCCAGCAGAGACUGACAACCCUUACACAACCGAUAAUCAACCAAGACAGGGACAGAGAUUUUGACUGACCAACUGAAGACGUAUGGAUUAUCUGCAAGAAUAUGGAUGGGUUGUACUAGGUUGAAGUAUUAUACUGAUACAAAUACACAAACAUGGUAGUACAGUUCACAUGUACAUAAAUGCACGUGGGUGAGCAAAUACACACACACACACACACACACACACACACACAUUCUCAUGUAAAGUCACACGUGAAUACAUAUCCUUAGACUUUAACCUUGUAAUAAAUCCAUACGCUAACACGUUGAGCAACAGUAGAUAUUUUAUAUUAGUGUACCAUGCCAUCUCGUGAGUAUGUGUUUAUGUUUUAGUUGUGAAAAGAAGGAAAUGUCCUCUUCUCAUCUAAUAUUGGGUGUAAAUUUACGAUAUCUCAACAUAAUGUGUGAACUCUUACAAACAAAACCUAUCCCUCCUCCUCAUUCCCCCCCUCUUCCUCAAUAGCCGUCUUUACUAGAGCACUGUUGUCUAACGUGAGUGGCUACGGUUACUGUAUAUAGAUCAUUUAUUCUAGUUUUACAAAGUUGGGGCUGAAAUAUAUGUAUAAACACUCAAAUAUAAAAGAAGCACUGUUGUUGGAAUUCAGUUUGUUACUCCAUUUCAAGCGUACGUCGUCGAUGCCCAGCUCAGCUCGUUUUGCACACUACUUGCAUUUGAGGAGAAUCUCAAUGUGUUGUAGUUUGUGGUAUGGUAUAUUCUUAUUCACUGUGAUGGGGGAGGUAUAUGAUUGUAUGUCUGCUCCAUAUCUUGUAGCUGUUGGGUGAAUGCGUGUUUGUAUGAGUGUGAAUGUAGGGGGGUGGGGGUGGGGGUGGUUUGGUUCUUCUAUCCUUGUGGGGCUCUAAAAUCCCUAAAAGUCUCCAUGAUAGUAAAAUAAGAAAAAUAAGAACAAAGGCUAUGUUAGGUUUAAGGUUAGGGUUAUAUUUAGUGUUAGCGGUUAGGAGUUAGGUUUUGGGUUGGUGCUUGCCUACGGAGCUGUGAGGGGAACGGCACCUCAGUACCUUCAGGCUCUGAUCAGGCCCUACACCCAAACAAGGGCACUGCGUUCAUCCACCUCUGGCCUGCUCGCCUCCCUACCUCUGAGGAAGUACAGUUCCCGCUCAGCCCAGUCAAAACUGUUCGCUGCUCUGGCACCCCAAUGGUGGAACAAACUCCCUCACGACGCCAGGUCAGCGGAGUCAAUCACCACCUUCCGGAGACACCUGAAACCCCACCUCUUUAAGGAAUACCUAGGAUAGGAUAAAGUAAUCCUUCUAACCCCCCCCCCUUAAAGGAGUUAGAUGCACUAUUGUAAAGUGGUUGUUCCACUGGAUAUCAUAAGGUGAAUGCACCAAUUUGUAAGUCGCUCUGGAUAAGAGCGUCUGCUAAAUGACUUAAAUGUAAUGUAAAUGUUAAGGAAAAUAUAAUUUGUAAUGGAAAUCAAUUUUAGGUCCCCACGAGGAUAGAAGAACAAAACCCGUGUGUGUUUUUUAAAUGCACCUUUUUAAUGUACCAACACACCAGCCUCGUCUCAUAACGACUCUUAUACUGUAUAGUCCUGAACAUACAGAUUUAUGUCCCUCCCUCUUGAUCGCUCACUUUCUCUCUCGCUUGCUCUUUCUCCAUCUCAUUCUCUCUCUAUUGCACUCUCCCUCUCUCUCCCCCUUUCCAGCUGUCUCUCUCUUUCUAUCUCUCUCUGUCUCUCAUGUUUUUAGGAAUGAGUGUGUUUGUUAAGUUAACCUUUUUAAUGUACCAACACAUCAACUCUCUCUCUCUCCCAUGGUUUUUCAGUAUGAGUAUGUUUGUUAAAUGCACUUUUUUAAUGUACCAACACACCAGCCUCAUCUCAUAAUGAUUCUUAUACUAUGUACAUACUUAUUUAUUUCCCUCUCUUGAUCUCUCACUUUCUUUCUUUCUCUCUCUCAUGUUACUUUUUCAGUAUGUGUUCAUAAUUCAUUAUGGGGACGUGCAGGUAAUAUUAAUUGUGGAGAGGGUCAUAUGUAAUAAUUGAUUGAUUGAUUAAUCUAUAAGGCCUGGUGAAGUUAUUUAAGUCCCAUACCUCCAUCAUGAGCUGAGAGGAGGAAGAGCAAAAAGAGGGGGAGGAGAAAGGGGAUUAAUAUGAGAAGGAAGAGGUGUGAACUAAUAGUGUUUAAUACUGUAGGAAUGAAAGGCCUCUCCCAGCCUCACCUGUAUGUAUAUAUGUACCACCAAUGUUAAUAUAAAUAUAUUACAGAUACCAAACAUUAAGCAAAUACAUGGAAGAGAAGGGUAACGGCAAUGGAAUAAAUAAAGUUAUUAUAAAGAAUAUAUGAAUAUGAUUAAUAAAGGUUUUCACUGUAGAACAA